UUCACCCCGUCAAUUUGCGGAUGCGACAGGAGCGGGAGUCUUAAACGCAAUAGCACUAGGCCGAAAGUUGAAAGAUGCACUGACUGCCAACAAUGACAAAUACGCAACCAAAUAUAAUUGUGUCACUUUUCUAAAACUGUACUGUAUAAAUUUCCAAGACAUGUGUGUGCUAUAAGCGUUCCAUGCACAACCACAGUUGGCGACGGUAAAAGAAAAGCGAAUAAUUGUGACCGACGAUCAUGGAUGAAAACAUACUGUUUGAAAACACAUUCAUCUCUGGCAACAUCGUAACUUCAGGUGAUACCAAGGAAGAGGCGGUGGAGCCACCGCUGAGCCAAAAUACAAUGAAUGUUCUUCAGCAUGAUCUCGGGCUUGAGAACCUCGAGAAUCUUGUCGUUUUAUCGCAGGGCUCAUCACAAAAGAGCAUUGGGGACGUACAGGUGACUUUGACAGUGGGAACAUUUGAGCAGCCUAAAAUCGUCAAGGCCACUCCUUGGAUCUUUUCUUCCACGCUAAGAAGGCUGUAUUUGAAGAAUGCGGUCAAGGUGCCUUUUCGAUUCACGUGCGACGGGACAUAUUCUACCCAUAUGCGUCUAGUUGUGUGUCUGCGCUACCAGGAAGCACAUCAUCAAGGGGAACCUGUCGAGGUCUGUCCCAAUCACCUUCUUAAAAAUCAAGAACAAAAGAUUGACCAUCCUCGCCAUGUGUUGCAAUACUGUGGCGAACGAUUCGCAACUUACUCCGGGCCGCCCGAUACCGCGGACUUUGGAAUUAGAAUCCCUGUUCUGCAGGACGCAUUCAGCUCAUCCGGUCAAACAGAGAAUUUUUCGUUUGUCUGUCUUUCGUCCUGCAUGAUGAUAGCCCGAAAGAAAACCUCAUUGUGCGCCGAGCUUCAUUAUAAAGACCAGAUCCUUUCAAAGGUGGAUAUCCCGCUGAAAAUCAGCGUCUGUCCGAUGCGUGAUAUGCAAAAUGAGGAAGGCAAAUGUCUGACGAACACGAUUGCUCCGUAUGUUGCCACGCCAAAAAGUGGCCCCCCAUCAAAAAAGGCGCGGACAGUUGACAACGUGGACAAUAAUGUUACGACAGCCGUGUCAGAAAUUAUUGUACGGGUUAAGGGGCGAAAAUUCACCGAAGAAUUGAAAGCAUUUCUCGCGAGUAAUAUACCACCACAGCACUAUGCUGUAUAUCAACAACACACGUAGGAACUAAUUAAUCAGGGGCUUAAUGAAUCAAAUGAAAGCAACUAAUGAAAAUGAAAGCAAAAGAAGUUGUUCACAAUUGCUAUUGGUAAUAGCUAUUGGAGGGUCACCCGGGGCCAGCAAGGAAAGCAGAAAUUAUGACUAGGUCAGAGAAGUUUGUGACGGCGCAGAUGGCGCGGCGUAGUGGUGCUGUCACCAGUGGGAGAGAGAGUAAAACCACGCAGCUGCUUCGUUAUUUGGUGCCGACACAAAACACAUAAAUAUUUUAAAUACAAGUGUUGAGCAGUGCACCCACGAAAACAAAAACUAGAGAGAAAUUGUCUUUUUUUCUGAGACCACAAAGGCAGUUUUAGCUUUUUAUCCCGAUAUACAUAUCCACAGAAACGUUGAGAAGCACGACUUACAUACACGUGACACCAAGACUCAGACCGUCUAUCUCACUAAUGGUCAGCUUCCUCUACAAAAAAACACAUUAGGUCAGAUAGAAUAUAGAUUAUAUAUAUAUAUUUUUAAACAUACUGCUUCCUACCAAGUACCAAAAAAUUAGAUUAUCCUUGAAUUUCGAUUCCUUAGCUGGUGCAUUGCUAACUUUACAGGUAACAGGUGCUUUUUGCUGUGCAGUACACUCCGCAUAUCGAUUAUUUGUUUUCUUCGAGAGUUGCCCUGGAAUUGAUUUAUAAUCGUUCAUGACCUGGACAAUCUCUCUUUUUCUCUCUUGGCAUUGCAAUGCUGUUACUGACCCGAAAGUGUCACGCUUCGUUAAGCUUCUCGGCUAAGUCGCUUCAUUUUUGCAUAUACGAUAAUUAUCAGGAUUACAAUGGUAAUAAUGAUAAGGAAACAUUCAUACGUAUUUUCUGCGUUCGACUAGUUAACUAUUAAUGUUAAAACAAAAUAUUACGGCUUUUCCUUGAUUUUUGUACUUGUAGAUGGCCGACUGAUGAUAUCAUAACUGUCCUUAUUGACAUCAUAUUGUAUGGGGUUGAAUGAACUGAACGUAUUAUGCUUAAGGACAAAUAUGCCAGGAAAAAACAUAAAAUAGACUGGGAUAUUUAAAUGAUAUAGUUAACGAAUGUAACAGAUACGAACAAGUCUACAGUUUGUGUGAGAUCCAUGACAGAUUAUAUUUUAAAAGAUUGCCCUUUAUUGUUAAAAAUUAGAUAAACUAACGGUACUGCAGGGCGAAAGAUAUGUCUUGCUUGUUAUAGAUUGUGAAAGACUUCAAGCCUCACAUGUUUAAAUUUAAAUGUUCUUAUAUAGGACAUGGCAAAAUAUUGACAAAUGACAUCAUGACAGAUGGUCUUAGUGUUCCGAUUACACAGUAGUUUCGGCCGGAAAGGCUAAACAUUUGCUGUACUUUUUUUGUGUUAGUAAACUUCUGUAAGCAUCUUAAUUUGUUUAUAUUGUAUUACGCUUUAACCGCGAUAUCCCGAACUGUGUCCUAUAUUAAACCUAGUUAGGAAACCCACAGAUGCAAGUUUGCUAGAAUUUUUCCUUGCUUUGUCGCGACACGGAAUUCACAUUUUGAUUGGGAAAACAGAAUAUUCGCAGUAUAUAUAUAUAUAUGUAUAUAUAUAUAUAUAUAUAUAUGCAAUACACUAGAUGUAACAGAAUGCAACAUCGUUUUCAUCUGCAGAAAUGCUUUGCAUAUUGUACCACACGAAUGUAACCGAUCUGUUUUCAGCUUGUUGAUAGAGAAGCCUGGAAACGAAUGAAAAUUCUUUAAAAAAAGUGAGGCAAAACAUGUGAUAUAUACCGAUGCGUGUGAAUAUAAUCAAAGGCCAAAUGGAAAGAUUAUUUAAAAUAGAUUUUGUGUUUAUCCGAGUCUAUUAACGUCCCACACAUUUUUACACACAAGGAUUAAACGAGGAGUGAACUAACUAUACACGUUUUCAAAAUCCUAAUGAGUUAAUAGAGGCUUGAAAAAUUCUGAAGCGGACAUUAAAAAAAUUAAAAAAAAAAGAAUUUAAUCUGAAUCUACAUGAAUCUACAUGUCACUAUACGUUAAAACAAUGGUCUUAACAAAUACUCGAUAAUAACAUUGACGCUGUGAUGUCCUCUUUUCCCUUCGUUAGGUGUGUUAUGUACUCUUUACUAUGACGAAAAUGAAGCCUACACAAAUACAUAUAUACAGAUAUCAUAUGUAUGUGCAUAUCGCUUUUUUGUAUGUAGUUGCAAUAAUAAAACAACGUAUCAAAAGUUCGACCUGUAUUGCCUAACUCGUUGGUCUAAAAUAUAAAUUUCAUGUCGGCGCAUGGCUAACUCUAGUUUUAUAGAAUGUACGUAAGGGAAAAGUCUUUCUUUGUGCUUGGAAGGGCAAAGAUAGCGCAGCAAAUUGUUUUAAUAUUAUAGGUAGACAGCGACUAAACGUGAAAAUCAUUGAGCACAUAACACUACUGAUAAUUAAUUACGAUUACACCGUCUUUUUUUAGCAUUAUGCUCACUAGUAAGCUCAAUGGUUCUAAAGAUAAUGCCGUCAUUUGGCUACUCAGCUUCUCCCGUUCCAAUCGUCUCACUA